UAAAUAAUUGCACUACGGAGCCCUUUUGAGUUGCGUGGGCUGGCCCAGAAGCAAAAGCCGGGUCUAGAAUCAGGCUAGCCCAGCCUACAAUUGCAAGCCUCGCGAUAAUGUCUCUGUAGUCUGCACCAACAUCGAACGCGCCCGGAGGGCUGUCACCAGCGGAAAUGGCUGCACUACCUCCUCCGCAAAAGCUAGCAGCCGCCGCUGUGUUCCGGUGCAGAGGCCGAGGAACCUUUCUAUCACUCACUCCCGCAAUAAAGAAUGCUACGAGUCAGAGGAUAGGAAAUGGGACCCUCAUCUUACGUUGUUCUGAUUCCACUACCCAAUCAUCGUCAUGGUCAUCAGAAGAGUCAUCAUUAUCAACGGUAGGGGUGGCGGCGACGACCAAUGCUCCGGCGAUUAUUAGAAAGGGGAACAGGGUGAGGUAUAGGAAGCUUUGCCCAGGAGAGAGCAAGGGCAUCACGGAGGAGAUGAGAUUUGUUGCGAUGAAGCUCCGUGACGAUAAAGUUAAGAGCACAAAUGAUGGCUCAAAAUUGUCAUCAGAUGGGGAUGCGGAUGCGGAUGGGGAUGGAGAGACUUGGGAGCCCAGCAUGGAAGGCUUCCUCAAAUACCUGGUUGAUAGCAAGGUCGUCUUCGACACCGUGGAGCGCAUCGUAGACGAAUCCGACCACGUAGCUUAUGCCUAUUUCAGAAAAACUGGACUGGAACGAUCUCUAGGGCUUAUGAAAGAUCUAGAAUUUUUUAGACAAUGGGAUAUUGUUGUGCCACAGCCUAGCACUCCUGGAGUUUCCUAUGCAAAAUAUUUGGAGGAGCUCGCAGACAAGAGUGCACCAUAUUUCCUCUGCCAUUUCUAUAAUAUAUAUUUUUCUCAUAUAGCUGGUGGACAAGUGAUAGCAAAACAGGCUUCUGAGAAAUUCCUGGAAGGAAGGGAGCUAGAGUUUUAUAGAUGGGAAGGAGAUGCUCAGGAGUUGUUGAAAGGAGUGCGUGAGAAGCUCAACAUGCUUGGGGAGCACUGGUCCCGAUACCAGAAAAAGAGGUGCCUGAAAGAUACUGCAAAGUCAUUUCGAUUUUUGGGUCAAAUAGUUUGUUUGAUCAUCUUGUGAAGCAAGGUCAUCUCAGAUCGACCGGCUUUUGAACAUUCUUUAAUGGUCAGUGGGAUGGCGAUUUCAGUUGUGUUAAUGGGGGUGUGGGGUUCAUCCGUUUGUAGAGUGGACUCUAUGCCUGUUCAUAUGAUGGUUCGUGGCAGACAACCAGAAAUUGCUAGUUAACGUCUGAAGUUGUGGCAUCCCUUGAUAGCACGACAAUGGUGGUUCCAAUAUAUUGCUGAUUCCUGAGGAUUACACACUAACCAGUUGGAUGGGCAGAGCUUGUGCAAAUAUAUUUUCAUGGUUUGAAAUCAAGCUACAAAGAGUUUGGCUCCAAACACCAAAUAAUUAUUAGGAACUAUUAGAUAGUGUUUGGAAGCAUUAAUUUCAGAUUUGAAUUUAAAUUUGUGCUGACUUGCAAGAAAUUUAAUGCAAUUUUUAUAUUUUGUUUUGGUUAAGGCCUGAAUUCUUAACCAUUGCUUUAAAUAAUUAUAGUACUGUGUAUAUAGGUAUAAUAUCGACAAAGCAGUGGAUGUAUCUUGGUUUUUUUUUUUUUUUUUUUUAAAAACAGUAACAAUAGUUGCAGAUCAUUCUCAUAUUCAGAAAGUUAAGUACUGAAGUAGCCAGUUGAAAUAAUUGAGAGAUU